GUUUUGGCACUGAUUGCAUUCAUCUGCAUAGAGACCAUCAUGGAAUGCUCCCCUUGUGAAGGCCUUUAUUUCUUUGAGUUUGUGAGCUGCAGUGCAUUGGUGGUUACUGGAGUUCUAUUGCUUAUGUUCAGUCUAAAUCUUCACACAAGAAUACCACAGAUCAACUGGAAUCUUACUGAUCUGGUCAACACUGGACUCAGCACUUUCUUCUUUUUCGUUGCCUCUGUAGUACUUGCUGCUUUAAACCAUAAAACUGGAGCAGAAAUUGCUGCUGUGAUAUUUGGUUUCUUGGCAAUGGCAGUGUAUGCUGUGAAUACAUAUUUAGCUAUUAAAAAGUGGCGAAUGACCAGCAGACAACAAAAUAGUCGGCAGACCAGCGAUUACAUACGUGCUCGGACAGAAUCCAGAGAAGUAGAUCAUCGCCCUGAGAUUCAGCGUCUGGAUGCAUGAAGGUGACAUUCAAAUGGGACUGCAAAGGGAAAAGAAGUGCUUAACUCCCUCAUGGAAUAAAGGGGUUUAUCUUUAUUUAAGGAAGAAAAGGAAGAUCAGAUGGUGUCGAAGAAUGCCCAGCCCUGCAUAUGUGCAGAGAUGGAUUGAGUCAGAAGCUGUUGUCAUAAAGGCAGUAAAUGUUGGUCAUUCAAAAGCAAGAUCUGUUUAAGAUGGCCACAUAUAUAUACACAUAUAUUAUAUAGCUUAUAUAAUAUAUAUUAUAUAUAUGUUUUGAAGUAUGUUAUUGUUUUGGAUUAACUGCACAGUACUUUCUUUCCCUCUCCCAAGUGCAAGUUCUGAAUAUACAUGUUCUGCCACUGUUUCUUUGUCUGUUGUAAACACUAAGACCAG